AUGAAUGGAAUUAAACUGAACUCAAAUCAAAAUGUUAAUCAAUAUGAUGAUGAUGAUGAUGACAAUAACAAUUUGUUAAAUUUCGAACAUAUUUCUGAUGACAUUAAUACAAUCAAUGUGAAACCAUUUUUAAAACAAUUACGAUGUGUUAUUGGUGAAUUGAUUGAAUCGGAAUUAGUUUAUUUAAAAAGUUUAUGUGAUAUUGAAGAGACAUUAAUUUAUGUAAUUCGAUCUAUGACUGUAAAGUAUGAAUUGAACCUAGAAAUUAGCAAUUUUGAUCACUCUAAAACUUUAUUGCAAUAUUCUAUUUCAGUCAUGUCAACUUAA